AUGGCUGGGCAGGUGAAGGACCGCGAGGCCUUCCAGCGGCUUAAUUUCCUGUACCAGGCCGCUCACUGCGUCCUAGCGCAGGACCCCGAGAAUCAGGCGCUGGCGAGGUUCUACUGUCACACCGAGAGAACCAUCGCGAAGCGGCUCGUCCUGCGGCGCGACCCCUCGGUGAAGAGGACACUCUGUCGGGGCUGCUCUUCCCUUCUCAUCCCGGGCCUGACUUGCACCCAGCGCCAGAGACACCGUAAAGGGCAGCACUGGACAGUAUAUACUUGCCUAACAUGCCAGCGCAGCCAACGUUUCCUCAAUGAUCCUGAACAUCUGCUCUGGGGAGAUCGGCCUGAAGCCCAGCUGGGGAACCAGUCAGAUUCCAAACCACCACAUCAAAGUAUAGUCUACCCUGUGACAGCCCAGGAUCCAGAAGAGAAAAUGCAGUCUCAAAACUCCAGUUCUCAAUGACAGCUUUGCCCUGUCUUCUAAGAGAAAUAAAGCUUACUUUCUAUUUA